GGCGUCUUCCGAGGCGCCGGCCCGAGGCAGAAAUGGCGUCGUUCGUGGUUUUCCGGCAGUUGCGCGAUGUGAUCGCGACCCAGGAGGUGUUGGUGGAGAAGCUGAGGCGGCAGAUUACAGAACUGGAGAAGAAUUCGAUCAGCAGGGUGGAAUAUGAGGCUAUUGUGAAGAAGCUAGAGAAGGAAGAGGCAGAACAUGCAAAGACCAAGAAUUAUCUGGCUAAGGAAUCUGAACAGCUGGAGUUUGCCCUUGGGGAGAUCGAGAUUCUCUCGAAGCAACUUGAGAGGGAGAAACAAGCAUUUGACAAUGCACUUUCCAAUGUGAAAAACAAAGUGUUAAAGGAAUCAAUCCAAAAAGACAAGCUGAAAAGCAAAUGUACUGAAAUUGAGAGCCAUAUUCGGAAACAGGAAGACAUUCUAAACUCCAAAGACAAUGAGAUAAAGGAGCUGCAGCACUUUGUCACCAAACAGAAGCAAACCCUAAAAAAACAAGUGACUGACUUCAAAAUACAGAAACAACAAGAAUAUUAUAUGGCAAAAGUCCUUGGGGGAAAAACCAAGAAGAGUGUUAAGUAACUAUAGCAGCAUUCCCUUUUCUCAAUCUUCCCACGAAGAAAUUCUGCUGCCCUUAGACGAAGAAACCAUUUAUAAAUUCACCUCGAAAUGAUGACAGUAUCCAGCAUAUUGCCUAUGGGCAAUGCUCGCUACAAGCAUCUAGUCCAUCCACACUUGUCUACCAGGUCCCAGUCUUAGAUUGGGAUGUCUAUAUAUAAAUUGAGGUGGACAACAGUUGCAGGAUUGGGUCCCGAACAUUUAGGCAUUAGCCAUUUCACCUUGUCCAGAUGAUCUUUAGACCAUCUGUGUACCAAACUAUAUAGUCUAGUAAUCCACGUUUUGGAUCUUUCUGUGAAUCAUUUAAAUCAUUCCCGAUACAGGUGUGUCUAAGGGAUCAUGAUCGAUAGCCGUGUUGUAAUCCGUCAGGUGCCAGUUUGGUGUGCCUCUUAGGUUCCAUUGAUCCUUCUCUAGAAAAUGAAAGAGAUGGCCUGAAA